GUAGGAGCUCCUGAGGUUGGAGCACGUGACGUUCGGUCCAGAAAUUUUUGGUACCUACCUAGGUCAAAAGCUGGACGGGAGCACCAGGAGCUCCCGCAGCACACGCGGAUCACCUACCCCGGAUAUUCUGUGUAUUUCGGCGAAUUCGACGCCCGAGUUUCGCAUCGAAGCCCGACGCGCAGCCGGGAUGAGGCCCAGAAGAUUUCACGGUCUCAAGAGACCAAAACUGCGCCAGACCUGGAACAAGUACAACCUCUACAACAUCCACCGCUUCGCCAGCCCCGACAUCUCGAGCUCGCCCAACGACCACUUCACCUUCUUCCAGAAGAAAUGGAAGGCCAAGGGCAUGCUGCGCGCCUACCACGGCGAGCACGUCGUCGAGCGCAAGUGGGUUCGCAUGUUCGACCGCCGCCUCCUCGGCGUCGCCAACAUGGACGCCAAGUCCAUGGCCGAGAGCGACGGCUCCGACCUGGCCGCCGGCAGGGGCUCCGGAAAGGAGGCGCGACCCAACUGGGACCUCACCAACAUACCGAAGCGGACGAUCACGCCCUACAUGCAGAUGGCUUUCGCCCCGAUGGAGAGGCGGUUGGACAUCGCCGUAUUCAGAGCCAUGUUCGCGAGCAGCGCGCGCCAGGCCAGGCAGUUCUGCGUCCACGGCGCCGUCAAGGUUAACGGCAAGGUGAUGCCGCACCCCGCCUACCGUCUAAACCCCGGCGACAUGUUCCAGGUAGACCCCGAAUUUGUCAUGUACGCGACCGGCCGGCCGAAGGGGCAACCGAAAAAGAAGAAGAAACGGUCGGCGAAGGCUAGCGAAGGGGAGGAAGAAGGCGCCGAGGACGCGGAAGCGGAAGCGGAAGCAGAAGAGACGGAGGCCGCAGCCGCCGAGGACGCGGAGGCCAAGGCGGCAGAGGCCGAGCAAGACCCCGAUACGACGGACGCGCCCGAACCCACCAAGGUCGACAUGAAGCCGACGCAGAAGCAGAUCCAGACCUUCGUCAACAAGGCGAAGGCGAUCCUGGCGGACGAGGACACGCUCGGCGCGAAGCACAAGCAGAUGCUGCGGAGCUUCAUCAAGGAGACGCGGUCGCUGCUCUCGCGCACGGGCCGCGCCGACGCCUCGCCUGCCGUGAUCAUCGAGGAGCUCACGAACAUGGUCUCGGAGCUGGACCUAGGCGGCGACGCGGAGGCGGCAAAAGGAGCGGCGCCGACUUCGGACCCGACCGAGGGGCUGACCAAGAGCGAGCUGAAGAAGUUCGAGCAGCGCAUGGCGGAGCACCUGCGCGAGGAGGAGGAGAACCCGUACGACCCGACCAAGCGGUACCGCACGCCGUGGCACCCGCGCGACUACAUGGCGCCCUUCGCCUUCAUCCCCCAGUACCUCGAGGUCAACCAGAACGUCUGCGCCGCCGUCUACCUCCGCCACCCCGUCGCCCGCCUCGGCAGCGCCGAGGUCCCCACCCCCUUCCCCUACGACAUCAACCAGCUCGCCUACAACUGGUACCUGAGGCGGAGGUAGAGGCGGCUGAUAAUAAUAGGCAAAAGGCCCUUCCUACCGGGCCUUUUUCAACCCAACGAAAAAAAAAGAAUAUUAAAAAUUCAGUAAAAAUGUCCGGUGCGCUGACGGAUGUCGGACGCAUUCGAACCUCUCGGACGAGCUCUGCCCGCGGAGUGGUGGGCGCGGCCCCGGUCGGAUGUAGUAGAUACCCACCCUGUCCUCCCCGUCCUCCCCGCCCCCCCUUAUCCUGACAUAUAUGCACGAAACAGGGGACGGAAGAGAGAAA